ACUUCCGUCUGGUUGUUCAUUCUGUAACGCGGAGCGGCGGUUCGGCUCGUUUCGGAGGUUCUGCUGGACCGAGUUCGGCCGGUUUCGGUUCGGCGAGUGUCGCGAUGUCGGCGCUUCAUCCCGGUGACCCGCAGCUGGUGUCGAUGAUCGUUAAUCACCUGAAGACGGAGGGUCUGUUCGAUCAGUUCCGCAGAGACUGUCUGGCGGACGUGGAUACAAAGCCGGCGUAUCUGCACUUACGACAGCGAGUCGACAACUUUGUGUCCAACCAUCUGGCCAACCACACAUGGAGCCCACAGCUGAACAAGAACCAGCUGAGAAACAGCAUCAGGCAGCUGGUCCUACAGUCCGGUAUGCUGGAGCAGGGAGUGGACAGGAUCGUGGCUCAGGUUGUUGAUCCAAAGGUCCAUCACACAUUUCGGCCGCAGGUGGAGCGCGUCGUCCGCAAGUUUCUGUCUCCAAACGGCCACGUGGAGGAGGAUGAACUUCCUCCUGUAGCUCCGCCCCCUCCUGUGGAAAACCAGGAAGCUGAACUGCUGACUCCAGACAACGGAAGUGAUGCAGCUCCAGCUGGGAGCUUCAGCGCUGAUGUUCAGAUCCCAGAGACCAGCGGCGCUGAACACGAGCACAGAGAGGAGGAGAUGGACAUCAGCCUCACAGAGGAGGAGCAGCACAUUGUGGAGAUGAAAGAGGAGCUAGAGGAGGAGCAGCCUGGGAAGGAGGAAGAGGAGGAGAAGAACACAGAGAUGGAAGUGGAAACAGAGGAGGUGAAAGAUGAGGGAGACACAGAGAACAGCAGUAAAUCAUCAGGGAAAAUUAAAGAGGAGAACCGCGACACUGACUCGCAGAAACCCUCCAGCGUCAAACAGAAGACCAGAGAACGACUGAGAGAAGAGUACUCAUUGGAGGAAUCUGAUCUGGAGGGUCUUAGCGACAUCACCGUGAGUUCGGUCCACACCAGCGAUCUGUCCUCGUUUGAGGGAGACAGCGAUGAGGACGAGGCGCCAUCUGAGUCCACUGAGGAGGGAGAGAUCAGCUCUGAGGAUGAGGGAGGGCGGAAGACGCCGACCGAAGACGACUCUGAGGGUGGCAAGGAGAAGAAGCCCCGUGGCGUGAGACAGGGAUACGUACACAAACCCUUCCUGUACUCGCGCUACUACAGCGACUCUGAUGACGAGGUGACAGUGGAGCAGCGACGACGCUCAGUGGCCAAAGACAAAGAAGAGCGUCUGUUGAAGCGGCAGCAGAACCGUGAGCGAAUGGAGGAGAAACGCAGACUGAGAGCAGCUCAGAACGAAGAGCAGGAUCGCAAAAAACAGGCGACUCUUUCUGCAGUUCAGAGACCUCGUGCCAAAGAGGCUCGAAAAGAGAAGAAGGUCCUGGAGAAGAAAGUGGCUCUGAGCAGACAGAGAAAGAGAGACAGAAAAGAGGACGACAGGAAGAAAAGUGAUACUGAAGGCGAUUCAGUCAACAAAGACGUGAAGCCCGCAGGUCUAAAGUCAGUGCGACGACCGUCUGAGCUGGAGGAGCAGCGUAAGAAGAAGUCGGACAGCGAGGAGAAAGUCCCUGACAAAAACCGCGUUCACUCCUUCAUCCUGGACCUGGAGCUUGGAACAGAGGAGCGCCGGAAAACCGUUCGGAAAGACUCGCUUUCCAAAGAAAAGGAGCGCAAGGACAAAGAGAAGGAGAAAGAGCGUGCCGCCCCUGACGAACGACUCAAGCACAAACUCAAGACGGAGAGCAGGAAGAGCGGAGAUGUCACCACCGACGAGAAAGACGGAGGGACUGCGAAAGCAGCAGCUGACGAGAAGAAGGUGUCAAAGGUCAAGCCAGACAGGAAGAGUUCUGUGUCUUCCCGAGAAAGCAAGACAAGUGUGUCUGAAGCUGCGGAGAAAGGAAAGACGGCUGUGAACGAGAAGGAGAAACAGAAGGUGAGCGCCAAGGGCGACUCGAAGCUGCUCCGGCGUUUGGACUCCACCGGCUCUUCAGAGGAGAGGUCAGAGGUCGAGACGGGUUCAGAGAUCAGCCGGAAGAAAGACAAGCACCCUAAAGAAGUUCCCAAGAGGUUAAAGAGUCACUCAGAGGCUAAACCGGGAGAGAAGCCUAAGGUGCGGACGGAGAGGAAGGAUUCGUCCACAGACAAGAACCACCCGCAGAAAUCCGGCUCGGAAACCGAGAGCGACGUCCGAAAGGCAGAGACAGGGCCAAAGGUCAAAUCCCUAACAGAGAAACACAAGUCUAAAUCCCAGAAUCCCAAAUCGGACAAAAAACAAGAAGCCAAGACUAAACCAGGAACUGCAGAACAGAAAAAAGAAGACAAGAAAACCUCAGAGGAGAAGACAAAGGACGCAAAGGUUGCGAAGAAAAUGACUGAGAAGAAGGUGCAGAAAGACACCGAACAGAAGUCAGAAGAGAAGGAGAGUUCCAGCGCUGGAGAACCAGAACAUGAAGUGCCGACUGCACCGGAACCCGUCGCCAUCUCCAGCACCACACCUCUACCGGACGACCCUUACGGCGCCCUGAGCGACGUCACUCCUGAAUCCGAUGAUGAGGAGGUGGAGCUCAAAGAGCCACGGCCACUGUCAGCAGAAGCCGACGCCCUCUUGAGCCUGAUGGACGUCCGCACCUCCGCCCCAGACCUCGCUGCGCAGCAAGAAACGGAAGCCGAUAUGAAGAUGAAGGAAGCGGCUCUUACGCUACUCUCCAUGGAUCCAGAUAUGGCACGCUCCUCUGACCUCAUGGCCGCAGAUUCUCAGGUUUCAGCGAAGACGCUCCCUACAGGUACUGAGGACAAAGGAAGUGUGUUGGAAUACUCUGAAACUGAGUCCGCUGUAAUCGCUGCAUCUGCCACAGCAGAGCCUAUGGAGACAGAGGCACUCGGGUUACAGGAAGUGACAUCAGCGGCUGGUGAUGAGCAGACACAUGAGAGAGACACGCAGACCCUUGCUGAAUGUACACACACCACUGCAGACGCAGCCGAAUUUACAGCAACGACCACUGCAGACGCAGAUGAGCCCAUAGAGACUCUGACUGUAGACACAGUUGCCCCCACGCAGACCCUUACGGUAAAUGCAGGCGAGUUUACACCGAUGACUCCUGCAGACGCAGCUGAGACCACACCGACCCCUAAUGCAGACGCAAAUGAGCCCAUAGAGACUCCGACUGCAGAUACAGUUGCCCCCACCCAGACCCUCACUGCAGACGCAGCUGAAUUUACACCAAUGACCACUGCAGACACAGCUGUGACUGCGCAGACCCUCAUUUUGGAUGCAGCUGAACUUACAGCGAAGACCCCUGCUGACGCAGAUGAGCCCAUAGAGACUCUGACUGCAGACACAGCUGCCCCCACGCAGACCCUCAUUGCAGACGCAGCUAAAAUUACACCGACAACCACUGCAGAUGCAGCUGAAUCUGUGCCGACAGUCCCUGAAGAUGUAGCUGAGCCUAUGGAGAUCCUAACUGCAGAUGCAGUCGAGUCCAAGCAGACUCUCGCUGUAGAUACUACAGAGUCAACGCAGACACUAACUACUGAUUCUACAGAAUCUGCGCAGGCUCUCACUGCAGACGCUGAUGACUCUACGCAGACCCCCACUACAGAGUCCAUGCAGAUCCAUAAUUCAGACGUUGACAAGUCCACAAAGACCCUCACAACCCAGACCUUCACAGCUGAAUCUAAGGUCAGCACAGAUGCAGCUGAGCUGAUGGACAUGGCGGAGUCUAUGCAAAUGCAGGCUGCAGACGCAACCGAGUCUGUGCAGACUGACAUUACAGACACUGCUGAGACAGUGCAGACCCUCACUGCAGACAUGGAUGAGUCACCUGCUCAGACCCUCACUGAGGAUGCAGCUGAAUCAAUCCCGGCUGUCACUGCAGAUGCAGCUGAGUCUGCACAGACCCUCACAGAUAGGGAAGAGCCUGUGCAGACCCUCACGGAAAAAACAGCAGAACCUGCACCAACAGUCACUGCAGACGCAGCUGAGACUGCAGACACAAAAGUGACAGAUACUGAUGAGCCUGCGCAGACCCUUACAGCAGACACGAAAGAGGCCGAUUCAAAUGAGCCUGCGCAGACACUCACCACAGAAACAGAGGAGACUGUGCAGACCCUCACUGCAGAAACAAAAGAGACAGAUACAGAUGAGUCUGCGCAGACACUCAGAAUAGAUGCAGCUGAGCCUGUGCAGACUGUCAUGGAUAACACAGCAGAACCCAUGCUGAAAGUCACUGCAGACGCAGCUGAGCCUGCACAGACCCUAAUGGAAAACACAGUAGAACCUGUGCCAACAGUCACUGCAGACACCCCUGAGUCUGCGCAGACCCUCACCACAGACACAGAGGAGACCUUCACUGCAGAAACAAAAGAGACACAUACAAAUCAGUCUGCACAGACACUCGGCUCAGAGGCAGCUGAGCCUGCACAGACCGUUAUGGAAAACACAGCAGAACCUGUGCCAGCAAUCACUACAGACACAGCUGAGUCUGCGCAGACACUCAGUCCACAGAUGGACUCUACAGACACAGGUGCUGCUUCUGUCACAGAGGAGCAGGAACAGAAGUCAUCUGACGCCUCUGAAACGGUGGAGCAGAAUGAGAGCGUCACACGGAGAGGACGAUCAGCCGCUCAGAGGACAGCAAAUCAAACCAGAACCGAUACCGAAAAAGAGCAAACAGCUACUAAAGAGUGUGAGGAAGAAGAAGAGGAGCGGUCGAGCAGGACUCCACGCAGAGGAAGAUCCUCCAAAGCAUCUGAUGCUCCACAGAGAGAAACACGCUCUGCUUCACAGCCAAAAGAGGCGGAGUCAGCUGUAGAGGAGGAGCCAAAAGAGCAGGGACGCAGGAGUCGCCGCUCCGCAGCUCAGACCAGAGACACUCCACCAGUGAAACCUGCACUGAAAAGGAAGAGAUCAGAUGAUCUUCCUGCUUCUGCUCCAGACUCAACAGCAGAGAUGAAAGAAGAACCGGAACAAUCUGCCAAACAGAGAAAAGAUGAAGCGAGUCCGACUGAAGAUCAGGAUGCGACCAAAGCGAGUGAUGAAGAGGAGGAGAGGAAGGAUGAGGAAGAUGUGACUGAGGACCAGCAGCGAAAACCGGCCCGUCGCGGACGACCCUCCAAAACGUCCUCUGCCACAGAUGACUCAGAUACAGGAGCAUCAGAGAAAAGAGACGGAGAAAAGGAGGAGGAUGAAGAAGAGACCAAAAGCAGAGCGACGACCCGCGCCGCGUCCCGUCUGGAGGCAGAGAAGAAUAAACCCAGCAAACCGUCCACUCGAGCGCUCACGAAACUCAGCGGGAAAGAGGAAAACUCCCCAAACACACGAUCGGCGAGGGGACGCAAGCGUGACUCGAGUCCUGCGCUUCCUCGCACACGUGGAGGACAGAAAUCUGACGAUCCGCCUUCAAAAAGAGCCAAACGAUGAUGAGCCUCAGUUUUAUGUCAUCAAGUUCAUCGUUAGUAGAAGGUCAGAGAGUGUUGGGAAAUGAAUCUGAUUCAGCAGCAGAGAAUCAACACGAUUCAGACGGAUGAUGAAGAGCUGCUGUGUGUAGAAAUAACACAUUCAAUUCAUCAACGCCAGUGUUGACUGUGAGAAAAUGCAGGUGGUACACCACUCGUGUGUGUGUGUGCGCGCGUUUGUGUGUGUGUGUGUGUGUGUGUGUGAGUCUCAGAGAUGCUCAUUCUGUGAAUGUCAGUAUUUUUCCAUUUUAUAUUUUUACCUUUUUAUUAUAAACCCCAAUAUUGCUCUGAU